AUGGACAACAGGACACCCGAUUUUGAGACCCAGUUGCUCGACAACUUCGAGGCAGUCUCAGAAGUAGUCGCCAGUGCAGGUACUACCAGCCGGGUGGAGCUUUGUUGGUAUUAUGCCACCCUUACGUUUAGGCGAUUCGGGCACAUGGCUAGGAUCCGAGAUCUCGAAGAAGCUAUUGAAAAGGCGAAAUGGGCACUCCAAGGGACAAGUCCAGAGCAUCAAAGCUAUGCAAAUAGACUUUACGUUUUUGGUAUUAUGCUUCAUACACGAUACGAACAAACAGGGAGGACUGGGGACUUGGAAGAGGCUAUCCGAAUAUCCUAUCAGGCAGUUCAGAUCACACCUGAAGGUCAUCCGAACUUCGUGGUUUUUUUGAGCUUCUUGGGAAACAGCCUUGGAAGUCGGUAUGAACUGAAACACGAUACAGAGGACCUGGAAAAUGCGAUCCGAACUUCUCGUCAGGUGAUUGAGAUGACACCUAAAGACUCUCUUCAUUUUGCGGCGUGGUUGAACAAUUUAGCAAUCAACCUUUUAAGAAAAUUCGAUCGACUGAAUAAUAUUGCAGAUUUGGAAGAAGCAAUCCACCUCUCUCGUCAGUCUGUUCAGAUCACGCCAAAGAACCACCUAGACCUCUCUUCUCGGUUGAACAAUUUGGGAAUAAACCUCUCAAGGAAAUAUGAACGUCUAGGAAAUCUAGACGAUCUUAAAGAAGCGAUUCAAUUCUCUCGCCAGGCAGUCCACAUCGCUCCUAAAGACCAUCCUGAUCUUGCUGCUUGGUUGAUCGACUUAGGAAAUAAGCUGAUAACACAACACCAUAUCCGACAAAACUGUGUUGAAAAGAUUGAGGAUCUUGAAGAGGCAAUUCAACUAUAUCGUCAGGCAGCAGAAAUUAUGCCAGACCACCAUCCCAAACUCGCUGCCUUGUUGAACAAUUUAGGCAUCGGGCUUCAGAGCCAAUUUCAGAACACCGGGAAAAUGGAAGAACUUGAAGAAGCGAUUCAAGUCUCUCGCCGCGCAGUUCACAUUACGCCUCAAGGACAUCCCGAUCUAGCUGCUCGGCUCAGUAAUUUAGGAUCACGGCUCACAACGAGAUACGAACGUCUAGCAAGGAUAGAGGAUCUUGAAGAGGCGAUACAUCUCUCUUAUCAGUCAAUUCGGACAAUGCCCCUACACCAUCGUGAUCUUGCGACUCGGUUUAGUGGUCUAGGGACGCAGCUCACAAAGAGAUAUAAACGCCUGGGCAAGAAAGAUGAUCUAGAAGAGGCAAUCAGUCUCUCUCGUCAGUCAAUUCAGAAUACGCCUCAAGAUCAUCCCAAUAUUCCUUCUCGGUUCUAUACUCUAGCAACUAGCCUAAUGGCAAGAUAUGAGAACCUAGGGAAGAUAGAGGAUCUUGAAGAGGCGAUACAUCUCUCUUAUCAGUCAAUUCGGACCAUACCUCAACACCACCCUGAUCUUGCGACUUAUUAUGAUGGUCUAGGGACACAGCUUGCAAGGAGACAUGAACGCCUAGGGAAGAUAGAAGAUCUAGAAGAGGCAAUCAGUCUCUCUCGUCAGUCAAUUCAGACUACUCCUCAUGAUCACCCUGAUCUACCUGCUCGGUUACAAAAUCUGGCGGGUAUGCUCAGAGGUCAAUAUGAUUACACGGCAAAGAUUGACCUACUAGAAGAGGCAAUUGACUUAUCUCGUCAAGUUAUUAAGAUCAUGCCUCAAGGUCAUCCGGAUCUCCCAGGAACUCUGAAUGAACUUGGACAGGGACUAAAGAGAAAAUUCGAACGAAUGGGCAUUGAUAUCACACCUUUGGACCACCCCAAUCUUGGCUCUUGGUUGAUUAACCUAGGAAGUGGGCUUAGGGUCCGAUUCCAGCAUACAGGGAGACUGGAAGACCUCGAAGAGGCGAUCCAGGUAUCUCAAAGGGCAAUUCACGUCACACCCUAUGAUCAUCCUAAGAUCGCAAUCUUCUUGAAUGACCUGGGAAAUCAUUUUCAUAGUCGAUAUUCACGCACAAGACAUAUUGAUGAUCUGGAAGAGGCAAUUCGUCUCUCUCGAAACGCAAUGGCUGUCAAGCUGACACCUGAAACCCAUACCGAGUCUGCACUCCUGCUGAAUAAUUUGGGAAUCAAGCUCGAAACGCGGUAUCAACAUACAGGAAUGAUAGGGGACCUAGAAGAGGCCAUCUGCCUCUUCCGCCGAGCAGUUCAUAUCACGCAAGACCAUCAAAAUCUUGCAAUUUGGUUAGAAAGCUUGGGAUCUAGCCUUUCGAUCCGAUAUCAAUACACAGACAAGAUAGAAGACUUGGAAGAGUCGAUCCAGUACUCUAGGAGGGCAAUUCAGAUCACGCCGAACGACCAUCCCAGUCUCGCUGCUCGGUUAUGCAACUUAGGCAUCAGCCUUUUGAGCAGAUAUGAACGAACAUCCAAAAUGGAAGACCUAGAAAAGUCGAUUGAAGUCUCUCGCCAUGCAGUCGAAAUCACGUCAGCUCCUCCUUUAACACGAAUCCGGGCUACCUCUCAUGCCUUGAAGGUACUUCACAAGAGGGGAGACUACACCAGCGCUUAUACAGUAUCUAAAGAGGCUAUCGGUUUCCUUUCUCUCUUACACAACAGAUCACUGGACCUCCAAGAUCAACAAUACAUUCUCUCGCUUUUCUCCGGCUUGGCUUCCCAUGCCUGCUCUCUUGCAAUUCAAAUAGGAAAGCCCCCUGCUAAGGCUUUGGAACAUUUGGAGCAAGGACGUGGAGUUAUCCUAGGUCUUCUUAUGGAUGAUAGGGGUGACACAUCUGAGUUAAAGGCGGCAAAUCCCGCUUUGUGUGCACAGUAUGAGCGGCUCCGCUUCGAAAUCAAUGCUCCUGUCGAUAUCAUCGAGCCUCCACAUAGGAUAGACUCAUCAUCUGAAAAAAGAGAAAAGAUCUUCAAGGAACUCGAAGAAUGCAUUCAUGACAUCCGACAACUUCCUGGGUUUAGCUCAUUCCACAAGGGUCCUACUGCGGAGCAAAUGAAAAGCAUAUCUCAUGAUGGCAACAUUAUCAUUGUGAAUGUCACUACCAUACGAAGCGAUGCUAUUGUUAUUUCUUCUGGUGGCUUUAGCUUCAUCUCUCUGCCUUGCAUGAUUGCGGGCCAGGCACAAAGAUGGGUCAAUGAGAAUUUUGAUGCGGCUUUACAAAAUGAACGUGGCAAGAAAAACAAAGCCUACCUCAAGUUCUUAGACUGGCUUUGGAAUGGGUGUGUAAAGCCUAUUCUCAUUGAGCUAGAUCAUAAUGCUCAGCCCUCUCCGGAAAAUCUUCCAAGAGUCUGGUGGAUUGGGACUGGACUUGCUAGCUCAUUCCCGUUUCAUGCUGCACGGGAUACCAGUGCGGGUCCAUUUGAGAAUACAUUUUCCCGCGUUCUAUCUUCCUAUACCCCUUCUAUCAAGGCUCUUAGGUACUCUAGGGGGCGGUUUCCCCCAAGUGACUUGUCUAACGAACUUCCCUCCAAGUUACUCAUGGUGACUAUGGCGAAGACUCCUGGAGCUUGCGAAUUAGAUGGGGUGGAGGGCGAGACAUCUAUGAUUGAAAGAGCCCUAAAAGGUUUGGCUCAUAUCAAUGUUCUAGACCAACCGGAUGCUGCAACUGUUUUACGUCAAAUUCAUCAUUGUGACAUUGCCCAUUUUGCCUGCCAUGGAAUAUCCGACAUGAUAGAUCCCUCUCAAAGCGGUCUUUUAUUGAAGACAGCGACCGUCAAGCCAAAGCAGGAUCUCCUCACUGUUCGUGCAUUAUUCAAGCAUAACUAUCAACAGGCGAGGAUUGCAUACCUUUCUGCUUGUUCCACUGCAGAAAAUCGAGCAAAGGGCUUAGUGGACGAGGUGCUUCAUGUCGUGAGUGGCUUCCAGAUUGCCGGAUUUAGGCAUGUGAUUGGCUGCUUAUGGCCAGCUGAUGAUGGUGUGUGCGUGGAGGUUGCGAGGUCAUUCUAUGCGGAACUUUGUAAAAGUGGCACUUUGGAUUACACCGAUAGAGCUGUCUGUAUGGCACUGCAUAAAGCGGUUUGGGAAAUUUCGAUGAGUGUAGAGUAUAGGAACAGGCCUUUGCACUGGGCGCCCUAUAUCCACUGCGGCGCCUAA